CCUUGCAAUUAUAAAAAAACAACGCAUAAGCCCCCUAUUCGCCGAACCGCCUCGCCUGGCUCCGCACCCGCAUCAGUAACGGCGACCGCGCCGCCUCCCCACGACCUCGCGGAGCCGCUCCUCCACGGCGUCGCAGAUGGCGCAGCUGCCAAUGGUGGUGCAGAAUCUCCGCAGCUUGUUCAUUGACCUUGUCAGAAACCUUGAUGAGAAAGACUUUGCGAACAUGACACCCGAUGAGGUUAAGAAAGCAAGUAGGAACCAUAGAAUCAAGCGUUACAAGAUCAUUUGUUUCAGUGGAAUCACUAUCUUGCUUUGGAGGGAUAGAGCUGCACUUCUCAACAAGUUGUAUCAGUACAACCACACCGCUGCAUAUAUCUGCAACAUCUACUUUACGUUUGCUCUGGUCUCUAUGUUGCUCGGUGUGAUCGCGUCAUCCUUCCCCGAUACUGCACCCUGUAGCAUGGCAGUCUCGUGGAACGGAACCCUCCAAGUGUUUCUAUUCAUGAUCGCCUCCUUCCAUUUGGACAUUAUGGAGUUCUAUACAAAUGUGCUGCACCUGAUGAUAUCGUUUGUGUUCACAUCUACAUUGUUCAGCGUCUACUGGUUAUUCUGUGCAAGAGACCCGGUGGGACAUUUGGUGAAAGCUGGGCACCAUGAAUAAAUUCCUCUACAAAUUCGAGGGUUGGAUCGGGUGUCAUGGCUAGGUGUGUUUCAAAAUAUGGAGGCAGUGGAAGAGUAGCAUCAAGUCUUUGUUUUCGUUGCUGGUGUUGGCUGUUUUUCUGAUCAUGUGAUGGCAAUUAGCAAUGUAAGAUGUUGAGGUGUGUUGACUGUAGGCCUUUUGGUCACAAAACUGUAUGGAGCUUAACGGUUUGUCCGACUUUGGUUUCAGUCAAUCUGGGACCGGAGCAUCGCUGUUGCGAUGUCUCUGUUAUUCUAAACAAAAAGUUAAAAUGA